AUGGUGCUAUGGGACUCAGUUGUUCGCCUUCGAGAUUGUUUACGAGGUCUGGCGCCGCAUCCUGCACGCAGUAGACCGCCGAUGCCGCUCAAAGCCUUGGAUCCAGCUACCAUCAGGGUGUUGGCAAGAUGCCUUCUUGGCACAUGUGCUGCACCCAGGUCUGCCUUUGGCAUCUCGGCAGAUGAGUCCAAGUUCAAGGUCAUCGCCGCAUUGGAGAUCGCCAGCGACGAGAGGCUUGGCGAACCAGCGAAGGCCGAAGGCUUUUCUUUCAGUGUUCCCGGGCCUGGGGAUCCAUGGCGGUCGACGCAGAAGACCUGCGUCGGCUCAGUGGACUCGCGAAGGUUGUGA